AUAAGGCGCCAGUAGGUCGUCAGUGGUGUGGCGGAUCUUCAGUGGAGUCUGAUUAAAAUGAAACGAACGACUUUGUAAUAGUCUUACGUAUGAAUUGUGCCCAGACCAAGCGAUGUAAAAGUACGACAGCAGAUGUUUGCCUGAACUCUACCUCAAAGGUGUCAUGGUGCUUUUAAGAGAAGGCCUGUGUCCGGGGUUGAGUGUGGAUAUGGUCAAAGCUCUACAGACAGAAGACAUUAGAACAGUUGAGGACCUCGUCUCAUCUGACUCGGAAGAACUGGCACAGAAAUGUUCAUUGUCUUAUAAGGCUUUGGUGGCUGUUCGGCGGGUGCUUCUGGCUCAGCACACAGCAUUCCCUGUGUCAGGAGCAGAUCUGUACGAGGAGCUGCUGAGCUCCACUUCUAUCCUCUCCACAGGAAAUCCCAGUGUGGAUAAGCUGCUCGACUCUGGCUUGUACACAGGAGAGAUCACAGAGCUAGCUGGAGGUCCUGGAACAGGCAAAACGCAGAUGUGUUUUAGUGUAGCUAUUAACAUAGCACAUGAGCUUAAGCAGAAUGUGCUAUACAUUGACACAACUGGUGGGAUGUGCGCUAGCCGGUUGCUUCAGAUGCUCCAAGCCAAAACCACCAAUACAGUGGAGCAGAUGAAUGCGCUUCAGAGGAUCAGGGUAUUCCGGGUGUUUGAUGUGUUCUCCUUGCUGUGCUGUCUCCAAAAUCUGAGAGCUAGCGGUCUUCAGAAGGGAUCUGUUGGAGGAGGUUCAGUUAAGGCAGUGAUGGUGGAUUCGGUUUCUGCUGUGGUUUCCUGCAUGCUUGGAGGAAAACAGAAUGAAGGUAUGUCUUUGAUGAUGCAGGUUGCUACAGAGCUGAAGAUGAUUGCCAAAGACUGUAAUGUAGCAGUUCUGGUGACCAACCAUGUGACACGGGAUGGAAACAGUCAGCUGAAAGCUGGUUUAGGGCAGUCGUGGAGUCACGUUCCGCGCACACGAAUUCUCCUGCAGAGAGCUGAGCGGCCUGGGGCACCUACCAGCUUACGGACGGCUACCCUGACCAAAUCCUCACGACAGCCCUGUUAUCUGAUGGAGGAAUUUGACUUGUGUCAGCAGUCUGCGGAGGAGCCAAAAUCUAGGUUUUCAGGGAAGAGAAAACUGGACACUACUGCAUAAGAAGCUGCAAAAAAAGUACUUAACUCUAAGAAAUUUUUUUUUUGCAUAACACGUUCUUGCUUUUAUAAAGCACGUUUUGCGUUUAUACUACCAAAGUUUUUCAGAAUUUGUUUUUAAAGGAAUUAUUUGAACAAUUCUACACAAGUAAUAAUGCCCUCAAUAAACAUUUGAGUUUUUGAAUGUUGCAUUUAGCACAAUUAAAGACGCAUCUUCAUAGAUGUACCUAUGAUGCACUUUUUAGAUAACAAUACAAACGAGUAGAAAGUCACUAGACCAAUACAUUCUGAACAACUGAACCCAAGUGUACAAAAUACACCGCCUGGCUGGAAAAGACCCAAAUGGGUUUUGUAGCAUAUUUAACUGUGGAUGCUGUAAACAACUGCAAAAAGGCAGGAAUGUUAAGAUUGUAUUGUGAAGAUGUUUUGCAGAGUCAUUGGCCCUUAUUUACCAAACUUUUAAGACUAACAAAACUGACCUAGGAUCAGAUUAUGUUUAUGUAACACUGAAUAAAAUUCCAUGACCUGAUCUUAGAUCAGUGCUUAUCCUCUGAGAUGCUUGAUAAAUGUGGGCCAUUGUUCAUACAUCCCAAAAUAUUUUAAUUCCAAUGUUUCAACAGAUGGGUUUCACUGUAAAUAAGAAUAAAGAAAACAGUUACUGUA